UCACAAGGUACUACAAAUUAUUUUAACAUAAUGCCAAUACUUUGAACCAUGUUGAAGUUAAACUUCAGAAGAUUAAAAUAACUAUCUUUAGAGUUUCAAAGUAUGGUGUUUCUAUACCAAUCUAAUUAAAAAAUAAAAUUUAGGCGAAGAUAACAUUUUUAUUCACCGCUUAAAACAAAUGAAUAUUCAGUGUUGUAUACUUAUUUUCAUUACAAUAACAGCCAUGAAUAGUAUUUCAACAUCAAAUGUAAUCCAGGAAUGUGAGAAGGUGAACAAUGAAAAUGUUGUCAAUGUAUCCAGCAAACACUCUUCUUUAGUGGAAACUUUCAAAACAUCAACCACAAUUACAUGCUCAUUUUGUAUGAUAGCAGUUAAUCUUGCAAAAAAGUUCAUAACAAAGCCUUCAGUAUUCCAACUAAUUCAUGGUAUUGUUACUGAAAUGUGUUCCGUAGUUGAAGGAUACAAAAUGGAGAUAAAUAACCACUGUGACAACCCAUCAGGUUCCAUUUAUUCCGUUUAUCAACCUGCAAUACUUCUAAAACCAAGUCUGCAGCUUUACAGAAAUUAUUGGCUUACAUUAUACUUAAUAAGAGUUUCUGAUCAAUGUUUUCCCAUGGCUGCAUUUUCAGUUGAGAUUAAAUGUUACAGGGAAUAGUACAUUAAAAAACUGAAAAGUUCUAAGAAUAAAUCUACAAAACUGAAAAUAACACCAUUUUAUUUUUUUGUGUAACUUGACAAAGAGUUAUAUGAAAUCACUUUUUGAAAGGAUAAUUUUCACUGCUUUAUAAAACAGAUCACCAUAGUGAUGCUUACUCAGUAUUCCAUGAUCUAGGUUUCAUCUAGUUAGUUGACUGAAGUUAUUUCCAUAUUAGGUUUUUUAUAUGUAAUUUAUAACACACAGUGACACAGUUUUAUUUACAGGAUGAUCACCUUUCCAGCAUCAAUUAUCACUGCUCAUAAUCACAUCAAUGGAAUCACACAAUUUCCAAUAUCCGAUUUCGAUAGUCCUGACACCUAAUCAUUCCCUGCUUCUAUUGAGAGUAGAAUUUGCAUAUCUCUGGUAUAUGUGUUGCAUCAUUCUUAUCGAGUGUUAGGUUGGGUAUUGAUUUGAUGGACAAACCUUCAGUAAUCACUCAAUCACUCUCUCUCUCUCUUUCUCACUCUCUCUCCCUCUUUCUACAUCUAAUUAUAUUGAAGUUAAGUACAGUGGUUUUAUCCCACCCAGGCUAUUGUGUGUUUCUGUGUUAAUGCAUGCACUGCAUUAUCUGAGUGUUUUUGUAAAAUAUUGAUCUUAUUGAGAUCUGUCAUUCUAUAUUCAACACAUUUUAGCAGAAAAUAUAAGGACAAGCUGAAGCAGGAGUAAUGAGAUCAUUACUAUCAUCAUUCAUCGAAGAUACAACUGUGGGCAGUUGGACGAAGAUGACUUUCGGAACGCUUAUUCUUGUACCUACGAUAUGGUAGCCAUAUGUAAAUGAGGUAUUCACCUUGCUGAAAUCGGAACAUAUCGUCAAUUUCCUCAUACAUAUUAAAUAAGUUGUGGACACAAUCCAACUCACGAGUUAGAAAAUGAAUAGGGAGAAUUAACCAACCAGGAUUCCAGAAUAGAUCAGAAGACAGACAGUGGUCAGAAUACCACCGUCUACAGUCCACCGUCUACAGGAAACCAACACAUUCUGUCAAGUGUCCAGGCUUCAGGUCAUCUCAACCAAUGUCAGUUGAAUCAGGUUCAGUGAAAUGUCAAAAUGACGCAGCUACAAACAUCUCACUAGUCAUUGUGCAGACUUAAACAAGGAAAUCAAAUGUAUAAGAGAGGCACUAGUAUUUAAUAAUUAUCCUGUAUCGUUUAUUACGAAAUUCGUGUGAACACGUGAGAAGCAAAAUGAUAACAGUAAUGCGAAUCGGAAUAGUAGCGACAACACACGUAGAAUUGAGUUCAGAGCCUCCAUUGUGUAACCACAUAAGGAGGGAACAUCAGAAACUUUACUCAGCAUUCUCAGCAAGGUUGGAAUUAAGGUGGUAUUCACACCAAAAUACUCACUCAGAGAUAAGCUUUUUCGUCUUGAGGAUCCGAUAGAUCUAAUUAGACAAGAUAAUAUCAUUUGUCUAAUUAAAUGUAAUGAGUGUGAGGUCAAGUUCAUAGGUGGAACUAGUCGGUCGGUGUCAAUUAGAAUAUCAGAACAUAGGAAUCCAGUAGAACAUAGAAUGACAGAUCGGAAUAAGAUCAAUAUUUUACAAAAACACUCAGAUAAUGCAGUGCAUGCAUUAACACAGAAACACACAAUAGCCUGGGUGGGAUAAAACCACUGUACUAACUUCAAUAUAAUUAGUUGUAGAAAGAGGGAGAGAGAGUGAGAGUGAAAGAGUGAGUGAGUGAUUGAGUGAUUACUGAAGGUUUGUCCAUCAAAUCAAUACCCAACCUAACACUCGAUAAGAAUGAUGCAACACAUAUACCAGAGAUAUGCAAAUUCUACUCUCAAUAGAAGCAGGGAAUGAUUAGGUGUCAGGACUAUCGAAAUCGGAUAUUGGAAAUUGUGUGAUUCCAUUGAUGUGAUUAUGAGCAGUGAUAAUUGAUGCUGGAAAGGUGAUCAUCCUGUAAAUAAAACUGUGUCACUGUGUGUUAUAAAUUACAUAUACAAAUGUAAUAUGGAAUUAUAUUCUACCACAAUGCCCAAAUUUUUACACAUGUGAAUUGUAGUUGGUUUUGAUGUACUUACUCUGCGUUUUAUACUGUGAGAUUAGGUAAGCGUAUUUGCUUGUGAAUUUAGCAAGUUUGAUUCACCUUUUUCUAGCUGUUGAUGAUAGUUGUGUUGUGGUGCUCUCUUUCAACAGUUUAUCACUCUUGACAUUCAUACUGCAAACCAAUGCCUACUGUUAUUACAGUCAUGCUUAUUGCCAUAAGGACUGAUAUACUUCAGUAUAUCACACCUGUUUACUUUAUGCACACAUUUCAAACAUGAUUUUCAAGGAAAUGCCAAAAUACUAAGAUAACUACAUUUUCUGCUAACAUAAUGAGGUUUAUCUAUGAUGAAGUUUCUCUGAAAUUUUGAAUUUAAGAAAUGCAGGUUUAUUUCUGACACAUCAAUAAUGGAUUUUAAUAUGAUAUUGUCUUGAAAUUAGUGUGAAAUGCACGAAAUUAGAAAGUUUUUAUUCACAUACUAAUCAUCAGUUUGAAAUAUUAAUGGAAGGCAAAGUUGGAUCAAUGUAAAAUAAGAUGAUGGAACAUUUUUCGACUGAUUUAACGUUUUAUUAGAGAAAUAUUGUAUCAUGGGCUAAUAAAGUAUUUGGAAAUGCAGAAAAUGUAGUCCAGUAAGGGUAAACGAAUAUCGAUUUCUUAUAAUACAAAAAUAUUCGAACCUGAUUUUCCAGUGAUGGAACUAUUCACAUAGGCAUGUAGAUCAUUCUGAUUGAAGCUUUGCAUUCAGCAGUUCGUCAGAAGGUGUAGCGGGAUUGUACAGGGAAUAAAAUUCUCAAACGUUUCUUUCCUUGUAUGUUGACGACCGAUGCUAUACUGAAGGUUUAUUACUAUGCACACUGUCGUUUGUAUUUGCUACCAUUUAUAUGUAACAUUCUCUGUAAGGAAAUGAUAGUUUAUUGAUGCAUGAUGCAGCUGUUCUAAUUCCGUAUACAAAAUUUUGCCUUUCCCUCUUUUCCAGUGUUAUGAUGUGGCUUCACAAA